UCUGACUUAAAAAUCAUCGUUCCAAAUAAUUAUGAUGCUAAUUGUUGAUUUUCACUUUAUUGAAAUCAAGUUUUACUAUCAAAUGAAAAAACUAAAUUGUUACAAGUAAAUAACAGGAUCAACGUCAACAGAUUCUAAUACCAGUUUGCCCUUAGUUCAUCCUCAUCCUCAUCCUCAUCAUAUUCAUCUUCAUUUUCAUCUUCAUCUUCAUCAUCUUCAACAGGUCAACCUAUUUUUGUAUUAAACUUAAUGUUAACCUGGUUAAUUGUAAGACCAGGAAAAUUGUACCAAACAAAAAACAACAAUAAAUAUGUAAUUGUUUUGUUUUCCCAUCUGAUAAUAAUCAACUUCCUCUCUUAAUUGUGAUCAGUUUUAUCCUGGACAAUCAAUCAAUCCAAAGAGAUAAUUAAUAAGUUUGUGGUAAAAAAAAGAGGCUUGAAAAUGAGUCAACCCUUGGAACCAUCAAAGUUGAAUGAAAUCAUCAGAAAGGUAACAAUGAUUGUGAUUGAAAUUGUUACACUAAUUGUUUCAAUACUUGUUAUUUAUAUCAAAAGUUUGAUACAUUUAAUUGUUGGUAAACCUGAGAAAAAUGUAUCUGGUCAAGUGGCAGUAGUCACUGGAGCUGGACAUGGAUUAGGUAAACAAUUAUCACUACAAUUAUCUCGUAAAGGUGUUAAAGUUGCUUUAAUUGAUAUAAAUCAAUUUGGAAUUGAUUCAGUUAAAGAUGAAAUUAUGAUGACCGGUGGUCAAGCUUUCGCAUACAAAUGUGAUGUAACCAAUGAAUCAAUGGUAAAACAAGUGAUGGAGACAAUCAAAAGUGACCUUGGACCUGUUGAUAUUUUAAUCAAUAACGCAGGUAUAACACAUUGUACACCUUUCGUUGACCUUUCACCUGGACAGAUAAGGAAAACCUUUGAGGUGAACACUUUAUCUCAUUUCUGGACAAUAUCUGCUGUCCUAACGGAGAUGAUUGAACGGGAUCAAGGUCACAUUGUGGCCAUUUCAUCAAUCGCCGGACUAUUGGGCACUCCGAAUGUGGUUGAAUAUUGUUCAUCAAAGUUUGCGGUCAACGGACUAAUGACCGCUCUCGAGAAAGAGAUGCAUAUUGGCGGAGCAAAUGCCAAUGUCCAUUUUACAACCGUUUGUCCGCUCAUCAUGAACACCGGAAUGUUCAAAAGGCCAAAAACCCGUUUCUCUUCAUUAUUGCCAAUCUGUUCACCUGAAGAUGUUGCAUCGACCAUAAUUAAAUCAAUGCUUCAAAAUGAUUCCUUAAUUACAGUUCCUCAAUCAGCAAUGGCAAUUUACAGAUUAGAAAAGAUUGUACCAGAAGAAGCUGCUAAAAAGGUUCAAGAUUGGCUCGAUUAUGGAGUUGGUUCCCAUUGAUUAACAAUCAAUUCCUUCAAUUGAGUCUAUUAAUUAACAUGUUUAAUUGUCUCAAUUUGAGAUCAAGUGAUUUACUAAUGAUGAAAAGUUUUGAUACUUUAAUUGUAAACAUUUUAUGUGAUAUUAAAUUGAGUUUUUCUUUUGAUUGUUUCAA